UUUUCUUUUUUUGGAGAGUCAGGACAGGGGAGGCAUAUCGGGAUAUUUCCAUGUAAGAGCAGGUUUCAGAACCUUUGGGGUUUCCCUUGAUCCGAAGGAACCCCAAAAAACAACCCCUAAAAUUUGUAGCAAAAAUUUUUUAAAAGAAUGACAUUUGAUCCCAUAAGAAUUCGCGACCAACGGCCACUGCUUGGAUUUCCACAUGUCCAUCCCGAUAUGUCUCCCUACCAAUCAUUUAAUAUAAGUGAACAAGGCUUUGAUAAUGAAAAUAAUGAGGAAGAUGAUCCAACUGAAUUUACGUCAAAAUUGCUUGAAUAUUUGAGAAAGAGAAAGGUUGUACAUGUUGACCAAGUCUCAUCAAAUUUCCAUUUAAAACCAGAUGUUACUAUUGAAAGAAUAAAUUCAUUAUUAGAAGAAAAAUUAAUUACUGGUGUUUUUGAUGAUAGAGGUUCAAUUUCAAAAAAAUUCGAAAAAUCUUUCCCCAAUUUUUUAGGUCUUUUUAUAUUUAUCAGCCCAGAGGAAUUAAAUAAUGUUGCCAAAUUUAUUACCCAAAGAGGAAGAGUAGCCCUUUCGGAAAUUGCCGAGAACAGCUCAAAAUUAAUUUCUUUUGCUACACCUUCAGAUUAAAAAAUAUAACAAUUUUUUUUUGCUUUAAAAGAUUCGGAUAGAUCAUUCGCCAGGGAUGGGCCAUGGUUAAAAAAAUUUUUUUAAUCAAAAAAAAUCAAAAUUUUUUUGGGUUCGGGUAAAAAAAUUUUUUUACCCAGAAAUCAGAGACCCUAACUUUUUUCCGAGCCGAAAAACCCUGACUUUUCUCAAUCCGAUCCAUCCCGGUUACUCUUUCACCUUUAAAAUUGUUUCCUUCCAAUUGGAGGGAUCACCCACCAGAGGUAGGCCUUGGUUCCCGAGACCCAAAAUUUUUUCUUUAACCCAAGCCCAUCCCUGCCUUUCACCUCUCCCCUUAUUUUU